CUUGUCAUCCGCCGAGGACUUCGCUACUGGCUCUCUUCGUUAAACGCUGGCACAAUGAGGUCGCUCAGUUUACUGUGGCCGCGUUACCACUGACCUUUAUCUCUUGGAAUAUGGCCGCGCCGCUCCCCGCGGUCGCUCCCAGGCUCAUGGCAGGGCCGGCGGGAGGCGGCGAAAGGGAGACGCGGAUGCUACCACGGUCGCCACUGCUGUUGCCUCUGCUGCUAGGAAUUCUCCUCAGCCGGUGCCUGGGAGAACAGCCCGCUCGCGCCGCCGCCGCCUCUUCCUCUUCCUCCUCCUCCUCCUCCUUGUUGCCCGGGGCAUCUGAUUCUGAGGAAACGGUGAUAAUAGGGUUACGGCUGGAGGACACGGACGACGUGUCCUUUAUGGAAAAGGGAGUGCUCCGGGUGAGCGAGAGAACUCGUGUCAAACUGCGGGUCUACGGGCAGAAUAUCAAUAACGAGACCUGGUCCCGCAUCGCAUUCACCGAGCAUGAACGGUGGAGGGAUGGGGAAGGCAGGCGGCCGCCAGCUGAACAAGAGGACGGUCCGGUCCCCGUGGGCUCCUUGUCGUCGGCCCCGCAGCGUUGCGGCAUCCGGACGUCGGACAUCAUCAUCCUCCCGCAUAUCACCCUCAACCGCCGUACCUCGGGGAUCAUCGAGAUCGAUAUUAAGCCCUUGCGCAAAACGGAAAAAAGCAAGUCGUACUACCUGUGUACCUCGGUGUCUUCCCCUGCUAUCUUAGGAGGGGCGGGGAGUGUGGCCGGGAGCCCCGGUGUUGGAGCUGGCAUUAUUGGUCCCGAUGGAGGGCCCUGGACUGAGACCACCUGGAUCUAUCACGAUGGUGAGGACACCAAGAUGAUUGUAGGUGAGGAGAAGAAAUUCUUGUUACCCUUCUGGCUUCAGGUGAUCUUCAUCUCCCUCCUGUUGUGUCUUUCUGGCAUGUUCAGUGGUCUCAACCUGGGACUUAUGGCUCUUGAUCCUAUGGAGUUGCGUAUUGUGCAGAAUUGUGGAACAGAAAAAGAAAAAAACUAUGCUAAGCGCAUUGAGCCUGUGCGCCGCCAGGGCAACUACUUGCUCUGUUCUUUGCUCUUGGGUAAUGUAUUGGUCAAUACUACUCUUACCAUCCUGCUCGAUGACAUUGCAGGUUCUGGACUGGUGGCGGUGGUAGUAUCCACCAUUGGUAUUGUCAUUUUUGGUGAGAUUGUGCCACAGGCUAUUUGUUCCCGGCAUGGUCUGGCUGUGGGUGCCAACACCAUCUUCCUUACGAAGUUCUUUAUGAUGAUGACCUUUCCAGCCUCUUAUCCAGUCAGCAAACUGCUGGACUGUGUUUUAGGGCAAGAGAUUGGUACUGUCUAUAACCGUGAGAAGCUACUUGAAAUGUUAAGAGUCACUGAUCCUUACAAUGAUUUGGUCAAAGAAGAAUUGAAUAUAAUUCAAGGAGCGCUGGAAUUGCGCACCAAAACUGUGGAGGAUGUAAUGACUCCUCUCCGGGAUUGCUUCAUGAUUACUGCUGAAGCUGUACUUGAUUUCAACACUAUGUCUGAAAUCAUGGAGAGUGGAUAUACACGUAUCCCGGUUUUUGAAGGAGACCGCUCUAAUAUUGUGGACCUUCUUUUUGUCAAAGACUUAGCUUUUGUGGAUCCUGAUGAUUGCACUCCACUCAAGACCAUCACACGUUUCUAUAACCACCCACUGCACUUUGUCUUCAAUGACACCAAGCUUGAUGCCAUGCUUGAGGAAUUCAAAAAAGGUAAAUCUCACUUGGCAAUUGUGCAGCGGGUGAAUAAUGAAGGGGAAGGGGAUCCUUUUUAUGAAGUCUUGGGCAUUGUUACCUUGGAAGAUGUAAUUGAAGAGAUCAUCAAGUCUGAGAUUCUAGAUGAAACAGAUCUCUACACUGAUAACAAGACCAAAAAGAAAGUAGCCCAUCGGGAGAGAAAACAGGAUUUCUCUGCCUUCAAACAGACAGAUAGUGAAAUGAAGGUUAAAAUCUCACCACAGUUGCUUUUGGCAAUGCACCGUUUCCUAGCAACAGAGGUGGAAGCAUUUGGCCCAUCCCAAAUGUCUGAAAAGAUCCUCCUGAGGUUACUAAAGCAUCCCAAUGUGAUUCAGGAGCUGAAGUAUGAUGAGAAAAACAAGAAAGCCCCUGACUACUACCUCUAUCAGCGAAACAAACCUAUUGAUUACUUCAUUCUAAUUUUACAGGAGCAACAUAUAGCUUACAAAGAGAAAUCCAUUUGUCCUGUGAGCACGAUUGCACCGAGAAAAAGAUGCAAUCCAUCUGGCCCUGGAGAUUUGAACUCAUUGAAGGGAAAAGUAGAAGUAGAGGCUGGGAAAGAAGGAAUGAAGUUUGAAGCUGGUGCUUUCUCUUACUAUGGAGUGAUGGCUCUCACAGCCUCACCAGUUCCUUUAUCCUUGUCUCGUACCUUUGUUGUCAGCAGAACAGACAUAUUAGCCCCAGGCAGUCCAGCUGAAAAUAAGUCACCACCUCGUUCUUGUGGCUUAAAUCAUUCAGAUUCUCUUAAUAGAGGAGAUCGCAUUGAUGCCAUGACACCAGCAAUAGGGAAUAGCAACAAUCAGUUGAACUCCUCAUUUCUUCAAGUAUAUGUUCCAGAUUACUCAGUCAGAGCAAUCUCAGACAUUCAAUAUGUCAAGGUAUGAAAGGGGAAAAAAUUGGAUCUUCUACCUGUAGUUGUAGACUGGGAAUAUAGGCUGUCUAAACUCUUAAUUGUCAAUCAGUUG